CGUUCCAGUUUCUGGUUAUAUCAUUUCCGUUCAGGAAGUGUCCGUUCAAAACAAAUGUUAGCUCGCUGUUGGAAUAUUUCUCAGUCCUCAAUGAGUUUUUACCGUAUAUAAAUACAAGACCUGUCGUAAUAAUUAACUUCCUCCUUUAUCAAUGGACACACCAGAGCCCGGCCAGGCAGAUGGAGAGGAGCGUCUCGUAGAGCUCCGACCUCGAACGCGCUCCAACCCAGAGGGUGCUGAGGACCGACGCAGCAGCACUGGCAGCCUCGGAGGCAACGGGAACCCCAGCAUAUCUCAGCCUGCCGUGGGAAGUCGUGUGGAGGGAGAAGGUGAGGCCUCGACCAGCGACAGCCCUCCAAGUUCCACCACCGCAACCAUCUCAGUGUCUACGGCUCAGGCUGUGGCUCCUACUGCCGUCACAGGUGCAACUGCUGCGGCCAGUGCUGCGGUACCACUGUCCACUACGGCCGUGUCAACCAAAGACAGGCCAAAGUCCACACAGCAGCACCCCACACUCACCACGUCCGUCCCUUCACCGGCAGAGUAUCAGCUCAGAGUGCCCCGUGUAAACUGCCCAGAGAAAGUGAUUAUCUGCUUAGAUCUUUCUGAAGAGAUGUCUUUGCCAAAGCUGGAGUCCUUUAACGGGUCUAAAACGAAUGCUCUGAACAUAUCCCAGAAGAUGAUUGAGAUGUUUGUCAGAACAAAACACAAGAUUGACAAACGGCAUGAGUUUGCUCUGGUGGUCGUCAACGAUGACGCCCUGUGGCUGUCAGGCUUUACCUCUGAUCCCAGGGAGCUGUGUAGCUGCUUGUAUGACCUGGAGACCAACGUGUGCGAGUCCUUCAACCUGGAAGAUCUCCUUAAUGUCAUACGUCAGAAAAUCGAGCUGCCGUUGAUGGAGAAUAUUCAGACUAUCCCGCCUCCGUAUGUGGUGCGGACUGUGCUUAUCUACAGCCGUCAUGCUGGGCAGCUGCAGUUCAACCCAUCUGAGGCUGUUAGUAAAAUGCUGCAGUCGCCAUAUUUUUUCUUCGACGUGGUCUAUUUGCACAACGGGGUGGAAGAGCAGGGGGAUGAGACCAGCUGGAGGGACAACUACACCUCUUUCAGUAACCUGGACUCUAAGGGCAUGUGUUACCGCUUUGAGGUUUCCUUAGGCGGACCCGCCAUUGAGCUGCACAAUUGCAUGGCCAAACUUCUGGCUCACCCUUUACAAAGGCCUUUCCAGAGUCAUGCAUCUUACAGCCUGCUGGAGGGGGACGACCCCCAGGACAUUGAGGCAACAGUUUAAAAUGGGACACUGGCUUCUCUGUGAAAUCCACACGCACGCGUUUCGGUUUUUCCUCCACAUUAUCACCAUUUUUUCUCUUAGCUGCUGUAAUUCAUGUAUUAUUUGGGAUGUAGGUGUAGAUCUAAGGAUAACCAAGGGGUUUGGUAAGUUGCCAACUGCACAGACAUUGUAUGUCCAUACUAAAAUAGACGAGUGAUUUUUUUUUUUC